CAAAGUCGCGACGUCUGCGACAAGAGCUCCUCUAGGGGGCUACAUUGAGCCAUGUCUACACGAGACGACCCAGAGUUCAAUCAAGUGAGCGGUCGGUUUGAGUAUGAAGAUGAAGACGGCCAAACAUUCGAACAAGAUCCAACCACCAAAGCCUGGCACCCCGUCCUGUCGCCUGAACAAAUCGAAGCGCAGCAAAAGGCAUACGCGAUAGAGGGUGUUUCAGAGGAAGCGGUGCCUGCAAAGAAACGCAGAAAGGAGGCGAUAGAGGAAGAUGGCGUUUCUGGAAAGAAGGCGAAGCGGAAAGGCGACGAUACUGCGGAUUCUGGUGCACCUCAGCGGAAACCGAAGGAGACAGCUGUUUAUGUACAGGGCCUACCAUUGGGUGUUACGGCGACAGAACUUGCAGAGACAUUCAGCAAGUGUGGCUUGCUUGGCGAAGACCCACUCACCUCACAGCCGCGUAUCAAGAUUUACACCAACCCCGAUGGCUCUCAAAAGGGCGACGCACUCAUCACGUAUUUUCGCGAGGAGAGUGUCAGUUUGGCCAUCACUAUGCUGGAUGAUAUUGACUUGCGUGGUGAUGGCAAAAGUCGGAUACGUGUGGCCAAGGCUACAUUUGAGCCACGACCAGAGCAGUCUGCAGAGGGCAAGGCCAAGCCACCUGCUGGUGAGCAUGUGGUGAGUGAAAGCACUUUACGGGAGAAGAAGAAGAAGAAAGCCGGGAAAUUACGUGCAAAGCUGAAUGACUGGUCGAGUUCGGAAGAUGAACGAGAAGCCUUCUUGCCAGGCCGCAAGGAUGCCACAGCAGAUGCCGGACGUCAUGCCAAGGUUGUUGUGUUGAAGCACAUGUUUACACUUGCUGAGCUGGAUGAAGACCCAGGCCUGCUGCUCGAAGUCAAGGCAGAUGUACGGGAAGAGUGCGAAACGAUGGGUGAGGUGACGAAUGUGGUUAUUUACGACGCAGACCCAGCAGGUGUGCUCAUGGUGCGCUUCAAGGAGCCAGCCGCUGCGAUACAAUGUGUACGCAAGAUGCACGGCCGCUUCUUUGCGGGGCGACAAGUUGAGGCCACCCUGCAUGAUGGCAAGACGAAGUACAAGCGGUCUGCUAAGCAUGCUGGUGAUGAAGACGACGAGGAAGAAGCCCAGCGGCUGGCCAAGUUUGGCAGCUGGCUCGAGGGGGAUAAUGAGGACACGACGACAUAGUCUAUGCUAUAUACCUUCUACUUACAC